UCGACCAGCGGGCGGAACGCGGCUGCGGGGCUGAGGCUGUGCGGCGGCGGCCGGAGCGGUUCAGGCGGCGCACAGGGCGAAGAUGGCGGCGGAGCGACAGGACGCGGUGAGGGAGUUCGUGGCGGUGACUGGGGCCGAGGAGGACCGGGCCCGCUUCUUCCUCGAGUCGGCCGGCUGGGACCUGCAGAUCGCCCUAGCGAGCUUUUAUGAGGAUGGAGGGGACGAAGACAUUGUGACCAUUUCGCAGGCAACCCCCAGUUCAGUGUCCAGAGGCACAGCCCCCAGCGAUAAUAGGGUGACAUCCUUCAGAGACCUCAUUCAUGACCAAGAUGAGGAGGAAGAGGAGGAAGAGGGCCAGAGAUUUGAACCUCAUGGCCCUGACUUAAGGAGCAGGUUUUAUGCCGGGGGCUCAGAGAGAAGUGGACAGCAGAUUGUCGGCCCUCCCAGGAAGAAAAGUCCCAACGAGCUGGUGGAUGAUCUCUUUAAAGGUGCCAAGGAACAUGGAGCUGUAGCUGUGGAGCGAGUGACCAAGAGCCCUGGAGAAGCCAGUAAACCGAGACCGUUUGCAGGGGGUGGCUAUCGCCUUGGGGCAGCACCGGAAGAAGAGUCUGCCUACGUGGCAGGAGAAAGGAGGCGGCAUUCCGGCCAGGAUGUGAGUGUUCAUGUAGUGUUGAAGCUCUGGAAGAGUGGGUUCAGCCUGGACAAUGGUGAACUCAGAAGCUACCAAGACCCAUCCAAUGCCCAGUUUCUGGAGUCGAUUCGCAGAGGGGAGGUGCCAGCCGAGCUACGGAGGUUAGCUCACGGUGGGCAGGUGAAUUUGGACAUGGAAGACCAUCGGGAUGAGGAUUUUGUGAAACCCAAGGGAGCCUUCAAAGCCUUCACUGGAGAGGGUCAGAAACUGGGCAGCACGGCCCCCCAGGUGUUGAAUACCAGCUCUCCAGCGCAGCAGGCGGAAAACGAAGCCAAAGCCAGCUCUUCCGUCUCCAUCGACGAGUCCCAGCCCACCACAAACAUCCAGAUUCGGCUCGCCGACGGCGGGAGGCUGGUGCAGAAGUUCAACCACAGCCACAGGAUCAGCGACAUCCGACUCUUCAUCGUGGACGCCCGGCCGGCCAUGGCUGCCACCAGCUUUGUCCUCAUGACUACCUUCCCGAACAAAGAGCUGGCUGACGAGAGUCAGACCCUGAAGGAAGCCAACCUGCUCAACGCCGUCAUCGUGCAGCGAUUAACAUAACCGCCCGCCUGGCCGGCAGCCUCCUCUCCCUCCUGCGUCUCCCAUGGCCCGCUGCCCCAUGGGGACCACCCCUCCCACCCCCUCCUGCAUACCCAGCAGUCCAGGGCCACGUCUCCUCCGUAGCUCUGGGUUCUUAGAUCUUGGUUGGACAUUUGUUUUCUCCUUAGUUGCAUUUCCUGGGUUUUUGUGACGAUCAAUGGACUUUAAAGAAAAAAAUAAAAAUAACCAAAAAAAUUGAAGGACUAUCA